UACUCAAGAAGCACGCGUUUAUUAAACGUUGCCUGCUAAUUUUUGAAAACUAACAAAAAUGUCGUAUAAAGGACCACAAAAAGUGCAAAAGGUGAUGGUACAGCCCAUCAACCUUAUAUUUCGAUAUUUGCAAAACCGUUCGCGUGUGCAAGUUUGGUUAUUCGAGAACAUAAACCUUCGGAUCGAGGGUCAUAUCGUUGGAUUUGACGAAUACAUGAAUUUAGUAUUAGACGAUGCAGAGGAGUAUCAUAUGAAGACGAAAAACAGAAAACCGCUCGGACGCAUCAUGUUAAAAGGCGAUAAUAUAACAUUAAUACAGAAUACGAAUCCAGGAGUGAAUUAAAUAUGGAACCAUAACUAUGGAGGACAUUCUAAGAUUAAUAACAAACGUAUUAUUCUAUACUUUGUGAAAAGAUCUUGCGUGUAAACUGUACACGAAAACUCUCAACAUAAACAAAGUUAUGAAGGUGACCCAUAAUUCAGAACAACGAGAGUGAACAAUUUUAAAUCAUUUGAUACGAAUAGUAAAUGAAAAUAUCACUGACAUGUCGAAUUGACAAUAAUCCCUACCGAAGGAUGAAUUUAUCACUGCAUUCUUGUAAUUUUCAAGGAAUUUAGAAUAUUCAUACAUUAAAAACUAAUCCGAUGAAAAACUGUGUAAUGUAUAUCUUGUUUGUGCAG